UUAAAUGCACAAUGUUUAUAAAAUGCAGCUCAAAUGAAAGCUUAUCAUCAAUAUAAUUUGUUAUUCCCAUUGUUGUAUAUAUUUGAUAUUUAUAUUAUAGUUUACUCGUUUUAACCUAGAAAAUUUACUUGAUGCUUGCAACAAUAUACACGGUCGUAAGAGCAGUUUCAAAAAUUACGACGCAUUUUUCAAAAUGUUGGAAGGACUAGUAGCCUGGGUAUUAAAUACUUAUUUAGGAAAAUAUGUUGAAAAUCUAAAUACGGAUCAAUUAAGUAUUGCACUUUUAUCAGGAGAAGUAGAAUUAGAAAAUUUACCAUUAAAACGCGAAGCGUUACGUCACAUUGGUUUACCAAUUGAAAUCAAAUCUGGAUUUAUUGGAAAAAUUAGAUUGCAAGUACCAGUUAGACAAAUAAGGACUGCGUCAUGGGUUAUAGCAAUAGAUCAAUUGUAUGUAGUAAUAGGACCAAUUUCUAUCGAUGAGUACGAUAAUGAAGCAGAGGAGCAAGCACUUUUGGAAUACAAACUUAAUCGAUUAGAAUCUUUAGAAGCAAGAUGGAGAGCUGAUACGGAUAGAGAUCCUGGUUACUAUGCUACUAGUUAUAGUUCUUGGUUGAAUUAUGGAACUUCCUUAGUAACUAAUAUUAUAGAAAAUUUGCAAUUAAAUAUAAAAGAUGUUCACAUAAAAUACGAAGAUGGAUUGACGUUAUCGAAUGAUGGUGCCGUUACUUUGGGUAUUACAAUAGGUGCAUUAACUGCACAAAGUUGCGAUGCCAGUUGGGUACCAGGUUCUACUUCAUGGAAUCUUACAGAUGCAUCAUUUAAACUUAUGGAACUUGAUAGGCUUUCUAUUUACUGGAAUUACAUAAAGAAAGAACAGCUUUUUAGUCACCUUAAUCUCGGUGAUUUAGCUAUUGCUAUGAAUGAAACAAAAAGUCUAAUUAGGAAUUAUAUUUUAUCGCCUGUGAGCGCAAGAGCUCAUAUCAAAAGAGAUAGAUCUGAACUUCCUUUAAGAUCUUUAAAUAAACCAAGGAUUAUUGUAGACCUUUUGUUGGAUGAAGUACCGUUAGUCCUCACAGACGAAACGUAUGAACAAAUAGUAGAAUGCAUUAAACAAUUGGAGGGCAUAGAUCGUCGAAAACAACAAAGACAGUGUCGACCUAAUGUUUCUAUUAGUGCAGCACCUAAAGAAUGGUGGAAGUAUGCUGCACGAUGUCACAUUGGCAGAGAAACAUUGAAACCACAAUUAUCAUGGGAUGAUAUGAUUGCUAGAGGCAAGGAAAAUAUUAUUUACGUCGAAGCAUGUCAUAAACUAUUAGGUACACCAACAUCUAUUUUGCCACCAGAAACUAAGCAUAUAAAAGAAAAAGUUGAACAAGAACGUAGUUUUGAAGAGCUUAAGGCAUUAAGAGAAUUAGCAAUGUUUAAAAUUCGACCUCCAAAAAUAGCACAAACUUCAAAUGUCAAUGUACCUCAAGCACGUGGAAUAUUGGUACAGUGGUUCCCGCAAUGGUGGGGCUGGUAUUCUAAGACAUCGCAUAGUGUUACCAAAAAUAUAUCAUCAACUUUUGAUGGAGAAUUAUUGGAUGCAUUGACUGACACAAUGGAUGAUACUUUAUUAGGUCGCGACACAGUUUUUGGACAAUUUAAUUUCACCUUAUCGAAGGGAGCAAUAUCUUUUUCUACUACAGACAAGGAUAGUGAUAAUACAAGGACUAGGAUAGAAUUACAAUUUGAACGAGUUAAUUUAACUUACGAGUCCAGACCUAGGUCUGGAUCUCAUAAAUUUUCUAUAAGUUUAGGUGCCUUAUAUCUCCAUGAUUACUUAACGGAUAAUUCUACUUUUCCUAUAUUGGUGCAACCUCAAGUUAUAAAUAGUGCAUCACGUGCACGUGGAUCGUCUGAGAAAUUGAUUAAUCAUGUGCCUCAACAAUUAUUUGAAUUGAUUUAUGAGAAAAAGCCAUUACAUUUGAAUACGGAUUAUUCUUUACAUGUUUACUCAAAAUCUUUGGACAUUGUAUAUAAUCCAGAAGUAAUCUAUUGGCUUAUCGAUUUCAUGUGCAAACCUCACAGAGAUUCCUCUAAUCAAAGAUUACUAGCAAUGAAACGAAGAACAAGGCGUCACCUUAUAAAAAAUUGGGAACAGAUUUUGGAUGGAGAAUUUGUUUAUCGUUUGUCUUGGGAUUUACAAUUCAAUAUCUCUGCUCCGCAAAUCUUACUCGUAGAAAAUUUUAUAGAUUCUAAUGCAGCUGUAGUAGUCGUCGAUUUUGGAAAAUUACGUCUGUCAAAUAACAUCGAAAAUAUGCAGCUGGAAAAUGAAAUACCUGUAAAAGCAAGUUCAACGAAUAGCGAUGACGAAGAUGAAAGAUUUGAAACUCCAUGUUCAACACCACCUGGCAGUCAAGAAAAUGGUUCUAUACAUGAUUUCCAAAGUUUAUCAGAAGCCGCGUUACAUCAAAAAUUAUAUGAUCAUUAUUCGGUAGAUUUGGUAGAUUUACAAAUCUUGGUAGGAAAAGUAAAAGAUAAUUGGAAACAUGUUAGAUCUAGAGGAACAUCUACCUUACAUGUUUUGGAAAGAUUCAAUAUAUCUUUACAGAUUGAGAGAAGAGUUAUUACCACGACGGAUCCAAAUUUUCCAUCUGUAACUGUAUCUGGAAAUUUACCUAGACUAGUAGUACAUGUAAAUGAACAGAAAGUUGAAUCGAUUCGUUUGAUGUAUAACUUAUUAUCAAGUUUUCCUGUGUCAACUAAUAUUCCACAAUCUGAUGUAAUUAAUAUGGAACCUGAAAGUCCCAAGAAAGGAGAAACCGAAGAACGAGCUUUAACUCAUGCUAUGAUGGUUCAAUUCAUUAUCAAUCAAAUGACAUUUGAAUUACAAUCACGAGGACGUAGUGUUGCAGAAUUACAAGUAUCUGGUGUUAGAGCGGCAUUAAGUAAAAGGACGGCUGAUUUGAGUGCAUCAUUGUUAGUUCAUGGAUUGCUCUUAGUAGAUGCACUUCAAGAAUUUGGCCCUGAUUUUGAAUUAUUAGUUGCUAGUCAUAAACAUGUUGGCAUGGAUAGCGUAUCUGGAAGUUUGAGAGAUUCUGAACCUACGUCUCCUGUCUCGCCAGUCUCACCUGGUUCUCCAGACCCUUUAAUUUCUAAAAAAUUAACCACUCCAGUUGCUCUCACUCAUGCUUUAUCUAAUUUAGCUAAUCUUAAUUCACCUAGAAAUAAUUCCUUUAUUGGAUUGGACAAAUUAGAUACAGAAGCUUUAAUUAUUGUAGAACUAACACUGGUUUAUGAUCCUUUGGAAAAUUUAAGAGUGGCAAAUAUACAAUUUAAUAAUUUAGACAUCAUUGCUAAUCAAGAAACGAUCGUAGAAUUAAUGGGAUUUUUUCGAAGAAUUUUACCAUCGCGAAAAAUAAAACCUGGACUGAUCGAAAGACAAGAAUCAUUAUCAUAUCAAGAUACAUUAUCAAAAGAAGUGACAAGAACAGAAAUAACAUUUGAUUUUCAUAGAUUGAAUGUAUUACUUCUUCGGGCUGUUAUGCAGGAUAAUCAUUUAAUUGGACAAAAAGUUGCAACUGCCACGAUGUCAGAUGCACGAAUACAAGCAACAUUGGCGAUUGAGACAUCUAUUUCAGGAUCUUUAGGAGGAUUACAAGUAUUGGAUCAAACUAUCAUUGGUAAAGUUCAUCAGAGAAUUUUAAGCGUUGGCAGAGAUCCUUUGGCUGAGUCGCCACAACAAUUGGUAGAAUAUUUUGCUAACAUAUCGGAUCAAUCAGAAGCAUUUAGAUUUUCUGCUAAACGAAAUACUAGGUAUCAUCAACAAGAGCUUGCAGAGACUGCAGUUGAUUUAACAAUACGAGUUGGAAGUGUAUGGUACACGCAUGCACCACAUUUGUUGUCGGAACUACGUUCAUGUGCUGAUGAAUUUAAACAAUACUUGAGUAAUCUAGCUAGACAAAUUAGUGCAGCAGCAACAGAUAUGGCAAUGGGUUUAGUGAAUGCAGAAGACUGGUCAAUCCCACCACGCAAACGUUUACCUAGUUUAUCAAUGUCUUCAGAAAAUUCUGGCACUUUAUCUUUAAAACUGGAUAUAAUAUUAGACAGUCCAGUGCUUGUAAUUCCACGAUUUUCACAUAGUACACAAGUAUUUGUUGCACAUUUAGGUACAAUGUCACUCCAACAUGAACCUCAGCCUAGUUCUAUGAUGAAACAUAAAAUAACUUUGGAAGUUCGAGAUAUGAAUUUAUAUUCUCUCGAAACAACCGCAAAUAUUAAUCAGGUACACAAUAAUUUACCUUUGAGAGCCGAGGAAAUGUAUUCUUGCAAAGAAUAUGGCAAGCCAAUAUUACAUGACACAUUAUUGAAAAUUAUAGUUGAAAAAGAGAACACAUUGACUCAGAGUUCUAAUUUUUUAUUAGAUGCAGAAUUUGUAAAUAAUCCGAUAGUACAAGUUCAUGGAGUUGUUUUGACACCUUUAAAAGUGUCAUUAUCACGCGGACAAUAUGAACAAUUAUUAGAUACUACGAAUAGAUUAAUGUCAAUGCCUACCAGUACAUCAGUGAUUAAAAAAUCACCUAAUUUACAGAAAGCAUCAACCUAUUCGGAAAAAUUGGAUUUGUCUAUAAAAGUACUGUUCGAACUUCCAAGUUUAGGUAUUGAAUUGAAACAAGCUCAUUCUGAACAGCCACUGGUAGAAUUGUCGAUGCGAGAUUUCAUUGCCAAAUACGAAAAAUUACAGAGGGAUGAAUCAACUAUGCAAGUUUCUUUACGUUCUCUUCUCAUGGAAGAUCUUUUAUGCCCUAUUGGAUCUCGACAUCGAUAUAUGAUGCAAUCAUCGGCUCCAGUUCGAGCUAAGUUGCCUACAGGUGUAUCUAAAUCUUGCCCUGAUUUAUCGUUUAUCCAACAAUUUCGAAGUAAUUAUGGAAGAGGUAGUUUACCUGAUAGAUUAGAAGCAGAUACUUUAUUUGGAACAAUUCCUGCUCAUUGGCGUAGAACUCCGCCAUCCUUAAUCGGUACUCCCAAUACACCACCACCAUCGCCUGGAUUAGCUACAAGUGAAGAAAAUUUAGUUUUAAUAAAUAUUAUAAUGAUAGAACACGACAGCGAUUUUGAAGAAACACAGUAUUUCCAAAAAAUGGUAACUGUUGAUUUUAAUUGUUUAGAUUUAGUAAUAAGUGUGGAGUCAUGGAUGGUCGUAUUUGAUUUUUUUGGAAUAGCAGGACCAUCUGAGGCAAAUCCUAAAAUUUAUGCUCAUCAAGUACCUACAGAAUUAGAACAAACAAACGAAAUGUACGAUGUUCCUGCAAAAUCAGAAUUUGAAAUAGAAGUGAGAUCUCUUACUUUGGUAUUAACACAAUCUGAUCGGGAGAUAGCUAAAGCAAAUGUAUCAAAUGCUAGUAUGGUCAUUUUAAAAGCAGAUGGUAAGACACAAAUAUCAGGAUCAUUGGGUUCAAUGUCAUUGCUCGAUUUAACACCACAUGGCAGAUAUUAUAGAGAAAGAUUUCUCUCAUCUGGUAGAAAAGCAUUGAACGUUCAAUACACGAGUUAUAUCGAUUCGAAAAAAAGACCUUAUGACGCACGAUUAAAAUUGGAAAUGUCUGCCGUUCAUUACGUACAUACGCAAAGAUUUGUAGCCGAGCUUCAAGCUUUCUUCGGGCAUUUUUCACAACUUUGGACUAUUAUGGCAAACUUACGUGCUGAUACUGGAAUUGCAAUAGAUACUAAAACUAGAAGUAUGAGAUUGUCUUUAGAAUUACAUGCUGGAGCUCCUGUAAUAUUGCUUCCAGUCAGCUCUACAUCUAAUGAAUUAAUCUUGUUAGAUCUUGGAGAAUUAACGGUUCAAAAUAGUUUCGAAAAUUCUUCGAUUAUUGAAGAAUGUCUUCUAGAUGUUACACUUUUAGAACUUGUUAAUAUGGAUGUUUAUGCAGCUAAAAGGAUAACAGCUAAAUACGAUGAUCAAGAAAGUAUAGAUACACUAAUAGUUGGAGGAUUUUUUAUCAAAAAAAUUGGAUUAUCUUUGCUCACAGAAAUGUGCCAUCUAAAUCUACGUAUCGAACGAAAUUUAGAUGUUUAUAUAAGCAGAGAAAUUUCAGAUUUAAGUAUACAUGGAGUACUUUCAACAAUGGACUGCGCCUUGGAUCCUGCUCAAUAUAUGUUAAUACGUGGCUUACUGUCUUAUAAUAUUGGAGAAAAUUUAGAUGAUCUACGUUCUUAUAUGCAAGAUUUAAAUGAUAAGGUAGAUUAUACUAUGCCUAUCACUGGGGAUCAAGAAAAAGUUUGGACUAAAUCGUGUAUUACUUUAGAACUAGUAAAUGUAACAGUAAAAUUACAUCCUAAUCAUAAUAUUGCAGCAUUAGCAUGCAUUAAUUUUAUCAAGUCAAUGCUGACUUUGGAUUCUUUAAGCGAUGGAUCACAGGAUAUUGAUUUAGUCUCACAAGAAAUAUUAAUCACCGACAUGCGAUUCCAAGACGAACCUGUUAAUAAACGAUCUAACGUUUUCACAAGUAUUUUGCAGCCAUUAAAAAAUUCCAAUAAUACUCAAGGCCGUGUACAAGCCGAAGUACACCAUAGAAGACGCAACAAUAGUGCUGCGACUACAAUUCUUUUGCAUAGUAUGAGACUUACAGCUAUUCUUGAUUGGUGGGAAGCUGUUAGAGAUUUUGUAAUGUUGAAUUCACCUGAACCUAAUCCAAUCCCAGGAAUGACUCAAGUAACUGUAUGUCAAGAUAAUAGUAAUCUUUCUUUAAACUUAUUGCCAGUGGAAAUCAAAGUUAAUAUAACAGAUUCUGAAUUAGUAUUUGUCGAAGACACAUCAAUAUGCGACACUAAUGCUGUAAUACUUAAAUGUACAGCUGUUAUAGCAUAUAAGACUGUACCGCAAGAAGAUGAAAAGCUAUUAUCAUGUAACUUAUCACAUUGUGAAUUAUUCUCUUGUAUUUUGGGAUUGGAAGAAGAAACUGCUUUAUCUAUUAUUGAUCCUGUUGGUGCUAGUAUAGAAUUAACACAACAGAAGUGUCUUGAAAUUCAACUUCAACCUUUAUGUGUGAGAUUAAGUUAUCAUGAUGUAACUAUGUUCUUUAGAAUGUUGAAUUCAUUACCAAAACAGACAUUAUGGGCUAAACAGAGAUCGAAUGAGUUAUUAAAUAGUAUGGAAAAUCAAAUAGCAAAGUUAAAUGCUCUUGGUUUCACAGAAACAGAUUGUAAAGAUGCAUUAGAACGAUGCAACGGUCAAUUGGAUGAAGCGGCAUUGUGGUUAACACAAAAUGCAGCUGCAAAUUCUGAUAUUAUUUUGAACAGUGAAUCAAUGAUUAAUGUCAUAGAAGUACAAACAACAUGUGCCAGAAUAUGCAUAAUAGAUGAUUGUAGAGAUGCGGAUGUUCCACUAACGGAAUUAACACUUAUCGAUUUAUCGUGGAAACAGACGGGUGCACAGAUAUUACAAGGAAAUGGGUCAAUAUCUGCAACAUGUGGCAUUGAUUAUUACAAUAGAGUACUUUGUGGUUGGGAACCAUUUAUUGAACCAUGGAGUGCCAAUGUUCGGUGGGAACAAACUCUUAAUAAUUCCCUUGAUCCAAAAAGACUAGAAGUAUUUAUUUGUUCCCAAGAUUCUGUAAAUGUCAAUGUAACAUCUACUCUGGUAGAACUUGUUCAAUUAGUUAAACACAAUUGGACGCAAGAAUAUUAUUUAUCUAGUAGGGAAAAUGGUGUUAAUAAAUUAAUAGUAAGCGGACAAGGAUAUCGUCGUCGGUCGCCUUUUAUCCCGUUCGCUUUAAAAAAUGAAACUGGAUCUACAUUAUGGUUUAAAACUUUCAUUGCUACAGCAGACAAUAUAAAGGAUAUUAGCAAAAAUUUUAAAUCUAAGAGUAUUCUACAAAAGGAUGAAACGUGGAUCGAAGUGACACCAGGAAAUACAAUACCAUUUACAUUUGAAGGAAGAGGAAAAUUACGUCAUUAUGCUACACAUAUCGAAAGAAGACAUCAAGUAGCAGUAAUUGUCAAUGGUUGGACAGCAGUAGAUCCAGUAACUGUUGAUCGUGUUGGUAUAUAUUUUCGGCACGCAACCGUUGAUUUUCUAAAGAAUCAGAUAAUAUCUUCAAAAACCAGGAUAGUAUUUGCUGUUGAAUUAGAAGGUUCUGCUAGGAAAUUGAUCACAGUUAGAUCAGCUUUGCAAAUAAGUAAUAAAUUGACACAUUCGAUUGAAAUUAAGAUGGACAAGUCGUUAAAUCCAUUCGGAUAUUUGCCGUUAAAUUCAUCAGUCAGUGGAAAAAUUAUCCAGUUACCUGCACAGUCUGUAAUUUCAGUACCUUUAGGACACAUUGGCAUGCAGAUGUGUUUCAGACCAAUAUUUCCAAACAAUUUGUUUCAAUAUUGUAUUGAACCAAUAGAUUGGACAAUUAUUAAAAAACCUUCAGAAGUUUCUGAAAGUCAUAUUGCCUGUAAAAGUAAUCAAUUUAAUAUAUUCAGGAUGUGUGUAGCUGUAAAACGUGACAAUUAUCCAAUUGAUACUGGCCAAACAUUGCCUGCGCAUAAAAUAAUAAUAAUGGCACCUAUCACAUUAACUAAUUUACUACCAUAUGAGUUGUUGUAUGAAGCAGGAAUAGAAAAUGGAAGGAUCCGACCUGGUGGUAAUGCUGAUUUACAUUGUCCAAAUAUCGAGGAACAAUUGGAAAUUAUUAUUCAUUUAGAUGGUUAUCCUGGUACAGGAACAAUAUUUUUGCCACCAAACAGUGGUUCAUUUACAGCACGUUUAAAAUUAACAGAUGUUAAUAGCAGAAUAUUAUUUUUGUAUGCAUCUAUUAUUGUUGAAAAGGGUUCUGCAAUGCAAAUUACCAUUACUUCACCAUACUGGAUUAUCAAUAAAACAGGAUUGCCACUUGUUUUCAAGCAAGAAGGUGUUGGAUUUGAAGCAGCUGGUCAGUUUGAAGAACAUGAGAAAGCAAGAAUGGUUGCACCAUUAUUAUUUUCAUUCAGCGAUGAAGAAGCUAGCAGAACUUUAUCAGCAAGAGUGGGUGCUGCAGUUCAUCCUAAUGGUAUACCACAAUGGUCUCAACAUUUUCACUUACAACCUGGAAUACAGAUACAUCGGCUUAGAGUGACGCUACGAGAGAACAGACCUGAUAUCGUAUAUCUGAUUAGUGUAGCUACACGUACAGCUAGAGGACGGUACAGAGCUACAACAGUUGUAACAUUAUCACCACGGUAUCAAUUACAUAAUAGGUCAUCUUAUACUUUGGAAUUAGCACAGAGAUGCUUCACUACCACAGUUACUCAUCCAGAUGCUCAAGCAACAUAUAUAACAUCAAUGCCUGAUUGUCAUAUGCCAUUUCAUUGGCCAAGACUUGAUAAAGAUUUAUUAUUAUGCGUUCGAAUUAAAAAUAUACCAAAUUGUAUGUGGUCGGGUGGUAUUAAAUUAGAUGAUAAUUAUUCUUUAACAAUUAACAUUAGAGAUACAGUAGGAAAAAUGAAUUUUCUACGAGUUGAUGUAGUACUACAAGAAAGUACAUAUUUUAUCGUCUUUACGGAUGCAGACACUAUGCCACCUCCCAUAAGAGUUGACAAUUUCUCUGAAGUUCAGUUGAUAGUUAAUCAGAUGUCUGUACCUGAUAGUUUAGAAUGGUCUGUAAGACCUCACUCAUCUGUACCGUAUGCAUUAGAUGAACCAAUCCAACCAACUGGUUUAGUAUUAACUGCUCCAGGUAGUGUUAUAGCUUCGUAUGAUUUAAAUAUACUUGGAGAUGGACGAAGUUUAAUUUAUGAAAAUUUUAUUUAUAUUGCAUUCACUGGAACUUUUAAAAGUGACAGUGAUCUUGGAUCAGGAGAUAAUGGUUCAGAUCCAUUAGAUGUAGAAACACAAAGAUUGGUGUUGGAAGCUGGCCCUGGUGGUUGGGUUGUUCUUCGCAAAAAACAAUAUGGUGCUAGAUCUCAACUUUGGAGAAUGAGUAGCGAGGGACAAUUACAACAUGAAGGUUCUAGUCCUCCAAGAGAUAAACAUUCAAAAACACCGGAUACAGUAUUAGUAUUAGAUAUAGCUGGCACAGCUCCGCAACCAUUUACUUAUUGUGCUCUUGCAUUAAGAAAACCAGACCCAAGGCGCAGAUCUACACAAACGUGGCGAUUUACGGAAGAUGGGCGAUUGUGUUGCGCACAUAGAAAUAUGUGUGUCCAAUCAAAAGAUGGAUUUAUGGGAUUACACGAAGGGAGCGAGGCUGUAUUAGGUCCACAAACUCAUACAAAUCCACCACCAGUCGAACAAAGAGUUAGAAGACAAAAAUUACGACCAGGUUCCGGAUUUUUAUCGGUAAAAGUAAUUACCGAUGGUCCAACACGUGUAUUACAAAUAUUGGAUAUUAAGGAGAGAAAAAAGACGUUUGCCUUACUUGAAGAACGUGACUGGUCACAUAUUGCUAUUACUCAACGUCCUACGCAUGUUCGCAUUGAUUCUGAAAAUCUAGAUUUUCAUGAAUUGCAAUUAAAUGUUAAUUUACCAACAGGUUUGGGAUUAUCGAUAGUAUCGCAAAGACCACCUGAGGAAUUAUUGUUUGCACGGUUCGCUGGUAUAUUUUUGAAACUUAUGCAAACUUCCACUAAUACAGUAUUAGAUUCAAGCAUUGAAGAUGUGCAAAUUGAUAAUCAACUUGUUGAAGCACAAUGUACAUCCGUUUUGUACGUCACUCGUUCUCCACGCACAGAAAAUAAUCAUCGACCUGCGAUACACGUGGCUGCAGAAAAAUUAAAAUCUAAAAAUCAAAAUGCUGAAAUUUAUAAACAUUUGAUAAUUAGUAUCAAACCAUUGUGUAUACAUCUCGAAGAAAAAUUAAUUUUGAAAUUGGCAGCUUUUGUUGGAGCUGGUAGAUCUGAAAUAGAAGUGCCACUCGAUGAAAAUGAUUUUAAAGCACAAAGAUUUAUUUCUGAAGUGUCCGCUUCUCAUGCUAAACGAUAUUAUUUUGGUGCGUUAAAAAUUAUCCCCAAUCAGGUAAAGCUUAGUGUGCUCACUACUAUGAAAUUACCACCUCAUCUUCAAGCAAUAAAAAGAAAAUUGGGUUUAACUUUGAUCAAAUUUGAAGAUGCUACGAUUGAAUUAGAAGCAUUUGUUAAGAAACACCCUUUUGAAAAUAUCCAGUUUUUAAUGCAUUCGAUUAUAAAACAUUACAAAGAUGAAUUAAAAUGGCAAGCAGCUGUUAUAUUAGGAUCUGUUGAUUUUUUGGGUAAUCCUCUUGGAUUUAUGAAUGAUGUAACAGAAGGAGUUUCCGGUUUAAUAUAUGAAGGCAGUGUUAAAACUUUGGUGAAAAAUGUUACACACGGUAUAUCAAACUCAGCAGCUAAGGUAACAGAAUCUUUAUCAGAUGGUUUGGGUCGUGUAAUUAUGGAUGAGAGACAUGAAGAAGCUAGACAAAGAAUUCGAGCAAAUACCGCAGGAAGUAGCGAUCAUUUAGUCGCAGGUCUUAAAGGACUUGGCUUUGGUUUGCUAGGUGGUGUUACAAGUAUUUUUAAACAAACCUAUGAUGGAGCUACUAACGAAGGAUUUCCGGGUUUCUUUGCUGGCUUUGGUAAAGGAGUAGUAGGAACUAUCACAAAACCAGUUGUGGGUGUAUUAGAUCUUGCCACAGAAACCGCAACUGCAGUACGAGAAACAAGUAGAAGUGCUCAUCGUACGAUACCAAAACGAGACAGACCUCCUCGUAUCGCCAGUGGUGCAGCUGUUUUAUUACCACCCUAUAAUCGACAACAGGCAGAGGGACAAGAAUUUCUUUACAGUAUUAACAAUCAUGACUAUUCGGAAUUACUUUUGGCAUACGAAUGUUUACGCAGCGGUACUGAAAGUUUAAAAGUACUAGUUUCUAAUGAAAGAGUGCGUGUAAUUUCUGGAGGAACGAAAGCUGUUGUAACUGAAGUCAAUUUAGCAGAUCUUUUGUAUUGCCAGCCGAUGCAUAAAAUUGAAAGUAAUGGCAUAACAUUAUAUUACAUAGAAUUAAUAUCUAGAAUGGAUUCAGGAUCAUUGAUAACUGAUGGUCCUGAACUGUUAAGAAGACCAAAAGUUCGUUGUGACAACGAGGAAGUUGCUAAACAUGUUUCACGACAAAUCAAUUAUGCUAAAGGAAUGCAUGAAGAGCGUUGUUUAACACUUUCAUCUUCUGACAAUAUGCUUGAUGAUGUUCAAUCCUACGAGUAGUAAUACAAUAAUCUUUUUUUUUUUUUAUAUAUAUAAUUCGAUAAUAAUUUACUUUACUUGAAAAACUAGUCAACAGACCUUCCCUUCUUGCAAGUGCACAUCAGCAAUGCCUUAUUACGCUUAAAAUAAUUGGUAAUAAGACUGAUGCAAGGCACAAUAUGCUGCUGUGUUAUAUAUAAAAGAGAAUAUAGAAAUAAUUUUAUUUUUCUAGUAGCGUAUAGUUCUGCACUUAACUAUUAAAUAAUUUUAUGUACAUUCUGUUAGUUCGCACACAUAGUAAAUGUAAUUUUGAUACAAACGAAUACACGAAUAUGAAACGAAAAGAUAAACUGUAAAAAAUGAAAGUUACACAUAUUACACACAUACACACACAUACAUACAUAUAUAUAUAUAAGUAAAAAAACAAGUUAUUUCCCUUUCCGGAUAUAU